GGCCGUCCCAUCAUGCCUUGUGGCCCUGUGAAGAAUUCGGUCGGCCAUCUUUCCUCUAGCAUCGGCCCUCUGAAAGGAAGGCCCGGAAAAGACACGGAAUAUCUCCUCAUUUCGCCGAUUCCUGGAGUUUGGAACCGAGUAAUCUGUGCAAGAAGACCUGUCGCUCCUAUGCUGUCGAUCCAAACGCCAUUUUCUGAGGUAAACCACCCCGAAAAACACGACGCCGAUGCUAGGUAGGGAGUCACUCCGGGGGUCUGUUAUCAAUAUUUCUGUGUCGGGGAGAGGGAACUACCGCGGUCAACAACAGGCGAUGCCGGACAUCUAGUCUUACAAACUUUGCUGUGAAAAUCUCGAAGAACAACACCGUUCCCGCCAUGGCGCUUGAUCAAGCCGCUGAGGAACGCCUUCGCCGGCUGGAGGACUUGUUCAGUAACGGACCCAAAGAGGGAGAGUCACUUUCCAUCGAAUCCUUGCUGGAUAUACUGCUGGUCCUGUAUGACGAGUGUUGCGGCUCAACUCUACGCAGAGAAAAGAGCGUCUCAGAGUUCGUAGAAUGGGCAAAACCUGUGGCUUCAAGAGUAAAACAGCUACGGCUCCACAGAAGUGAUUUUGAAACCCUUAAGGUUAUUGGCCGUGGGGCAUUUGGCGAGGUUGCAGUGGUACGGUCCAGAACUACAGACCAGGUGUAUGCCAUGAAGAUACUUAACAAAUGGGAGAUGUUGAAAAGGGCUGAGACGGCUUGUUUUAUGGAGGAGAGAGAUGUCCUGGUGAAAGGUGACAAGAGAUGGAUAACCAAGCUGCAUUAUGCCUUCCAAGAUGACGAUUAUUUGUAUCUGGUCAUGGACUACUACAGUGGAGGGGACCUCCUGACCUUGUUGAGCAAGUUUGAGGACAGACUCCCAGAGGACAUGGCUCGUUUCUAUGUAGCAGAGAUGAUCCUGGCUGUAGACUCCAUCCACAGACUAGGCUAUGUGCACAGGGAUAUCAAGCCAGACAAUGUGCUGUUGGAUGUCAAUGGACACAUACGGUUAGCAGACUUUGGGUCCUGUCUGAAACUGGGGGAAGAUGGCACGGUUCAGUCCUCAGUAGCUGUGGGCACUCCAGACUACAUAUCUCCAGAGAUUCUACAGGCUAUGGAGGACGGGAAGGGCAGAUACGGCGCCGAGUGCGACUGGUGGUCCCUGGGGGUCUGUAUGUACGAGAUGCUGUUCGGCGAGACGCCGUUUUACGCCGAGUCCCUGGUGGAGACCUACGGCAAAAUCAUGAACCAUCAAGAAAGAUUUGGUUUUCCAGAUGACAUUACAGACGUUUCUGAAGAAGCCAAAGACAUCAUAAGAAGAUUAAUAUGUGACCAAGCAGAGAGAUUAGGCCAGAACGGCAUCCAGGACUUCCAGGGACACCCCUUCUUCGAGGGCAUCGACUGGACCAACAUCUGGGACAUGGACCCCCCCUACAUUCCCGACGUCUCCAGCCCGACGGACACGUCCAACUUCGAUGUGGAGGAUACUGACUUUAAGCAAUAUGAGUCAGUACCCCCUGGUUCCCAUACAGCGUUUACAGGGCAUCAUCUGCCCUUUGUAGGAUUCACAUUCACAAGUAAUAGUAAAAUAUCAGAUGCAGUAAGUUUUCAAGAUGGCCUGGAGAAGAGGCAACCCUCCGUCACGUCCAACUCUGCGCCCGACAGCCUCUCCAUCGAGGCGUACGAGAGGAGAAUACACCGGUUAGAGCGGGAGAAGACGGAGUUAGCUAGGAAACUGCAGGACUCCACCAAGGCCCUGCAGGCCACAGCCACAGUAGUGGAUGGGGUAGACAGCAGCAAGCCUAAUGCAACCACUGAUGUGGAGACCAGGCGUUUAAAAGACGAGGUGGCCUCCUUGAAGAAAAAGAUAGCAGAAACGAAUGUAGAUCAGCUGAAAAAGGACCUGCAAGACGCUAUGGAACUCCGGGGGGAGUUGGAAAACAUAGGGGAAGAAAAAGCAGCGCGGGUGAAACAGUUGGAGAAGCAGAUCCGUGUACUUAAGGCCGACAAAGAAGACUACCACAGGGAGUUGAUCGAAGCACAGGAGCGACUGAAGACACAGAAUAAAGAGCUGAAGGAUGCCCACGCUCAGAGGAGACUGGCCAUGCAGGAGUUCUCCGAGAUCAAUGACAAAAUGUCGGAACUUCGGUCUCAGAAACAGAAACUGUCCCGCCUGGUCCGGGAAAAGGAGGAUGAGAUAGACAUCGCCAUGCAGAAGGUGGAGAACCUUCGUCAUGAUGUCCGCAAGCUGGACAAGGCCAAGAAAGACUUACAAGCUACUGUGGACGACCUGCAGGCAGAGAUCCAGAAGGAGCGCAAGUUGAGGGAAAGAGGAGACCAGUACUCCAAACAACUGGAAGACGAACUCGAGACCCUCAAGAGACGACAGGUGGGGAGAUCCUCAAAUAUUGGGGACAGUGAAAAGGAAAAGGAACUGGCAAGGGUAAAAGCAGAGCUGGAGAAGAAGGAAGUGUUUUUGGAGGAGGAGCUGGCAAGAACACAGGCUGCACAUUCUAAGGAAGUCAAGGACGAGCAGGCUAACUUGGUCCAGAGCCUGAAAGAGCAGCUGCAGGAUGCGGAAACCUCGCAGGCCAAACUACAGAGGGAGGUCCAGGUGCUGCAGGACAAGGUUGGACAGACCAGGAGGGAAAGCGUAAACGAACACCAGGAAAUGAUUGCUGACAUGCAGCGGAAGCACGAACGGGAGAAGAACAUGCUACAGGAAGAGAACAGAAAGCUUAUUUCAGAGAUUGACAAGCUUUCCUCAGCCAAUGAGAAGCUGAUCAUCACCAGCCGACAGUAUGAGGAGGAGCUGCGGGAGAUGGCAGAGAAGAAGGAGUCUGUGGCACACUGGGAGGCACAGAUCGCUGAGAUCAUACAGUGGGUUAGUGAUGAGAAGGAAUCGCGAGGCUACCUACAAUCCCUGGCCAGUAAGAUGACUGAAGAACUGGAGGGACUCAAGAUGUCUGGUGUCGGGGCUAGGUCAGAGAAGAACUGGCAGAUGCGGCGCUCCCAGAAGCUGGACAAACAGGAGCUGCUGGCCCUACAGUCCAACCUGCGGUCCGAGAUUGAGGCCAAACAGGCCAUCAGCGAGGAACUGACCAGGGUCAAGGAGUCCCACAUGGCCGCAGAGAGCAAACUGAGAGAAUCAGAAGCCAAGGUGGAUGAACUGACAGAAGAGGUGGACAUGUUGAGAAGAGAAAUCAGUGAGCUUCGUGUCAGUCAGCCCAUAUCCAACGACCUCCUCGCCACCACAUGGCCUCUGCAGGGCGACUCCAGCUGGGCCAUUGCCCAAGACGAUUCGGGUAUACCCUGGCCCAUAAGGGCUGCGCAAUCCCACGCGACAGACCGACCGGAGUCUCAGAUGUCCUUCCUAAAUUUCUUCCACAAGACCAGAUUUACGGACAGGCCAGAGGUGGAGAGUGAUGAUGAAGUAUAUUUGAGUGAAAGCGAGGUGGAUUCAGUCAGUUUGGGGCGUGAGUCCAAGCCAGAGUCCAUCCCACAGACUGACUCAAGCAGUGAGCCUGAUGAGGACCUUCCGCCCGCACCACCCAGACCUGAUCUGAUGCCACGUCCACCCUCCAUAUCAGGGCCCAGGCCCAAGGCCCACCAGUUCAUAGUGAAGACUCUGACCAACCCAACCAAGUGUAACCACUGUACAUCCCUCAUGGUUGGACUAGUGAGGCAGGGCGUUGUUUGUGAAACGUGCGGGUUUGUUUGCCAUGUGGCAUGUGCAGACAAGGCGCCGGCAGUGUGUCCUGUACCAGCUGAUCAGACAAAGAGACCUCUGGGCAUUGAUCCACAGAGAGGAAUAGGAACAGCAUAUGAAGGUUAUGUGAAGGUUCCCCGUCCUGGAGGAGUGAAGAAAGGCUGGAUCAGACAGCUGGCUGUGGUGUGUGACUUCAAACUCUUCCUGUACGAUGUACCUGAGGGGAAGAACGCCCAGCCUGGAGUGGUUGUGUCACAGGUGUUGGACAUGAGGGAUGACGAGUUUUCUGUCAGUUCGGUCCUGGCAUCAGAUGUUAUCCAUGCCAACAGGAAAGACAUCCCCUGUAUAUUCCGGGUCACACAUUCCCAACUGGACCCCCCAGGCCUGCAGUGCCAGACCCUGGUGCUGGCCGACAGCGAACACGACAAAGUCAAGUGGGUGGGAGCGCUGAACGAACUGCACAAGAUCCUGAAGAAGAACAAGCUUCCAGACCGAUCUGUGGUUUCAUCAAACGACCAGUCGCCACAACAAUUGGGAACUGUGAUUUACCAUGCCAAGGAAGUGUAUGACAGCACCCUACCUAUCAUCAGAACUGCCAUGAGUGCAGAGAUCUUAGAUCCAGAGAGAAUAGCACUAGGAACAGAAGAAGGACUGUUUGUCGUUGAACUGACCAAAGAUAGUAUUGUGAAAGUUGGGGAGGGAAAGAAAGUAUUCCAGAUAGAAGCAUUGGCCGGGGAACAGGUGGUCGUCGUCAUAUCAGGAAAGGGUCGCCACGUCCGCCUGCACCCCUGGGUAGCGCUGGACGGCUCGGAGGUGGAGUCCAUCAAGAUCCCCGAGACCAAGGGCUGUACCAUGUUUGCAAUGGGUGCCAUACGCCAGGGCUCCACUAUGUGUCUCUGCACCGCGGUCAAGCGCCACGUGUUUGUGUACGAACUAAACAGGACUAAGACCAGGCACAAGAAGAUCAAGGACUUGACCAUGCCCAACAAUGUCCAGUGGAUGGCUGUGACCAAUGGCAGGCUGUGCGCCGGGUGGCAGUCGGGAUUCGCUCUCUACAGUAUUCAAGGGGAAGGAAGCCCACAAUUGCUUAUCAAUGGAGAGGACACCACCCUGUCGUUCCUGACCCAUAACCCCAUGGAUGCCAUGUACGCAGUGGAGAUCACCACCAGGGAAUACCUGCUCUGCUUCAACACCUGUGGUGUAUAUGUAGAUGCCAGUGGCAGAAGGUCCAGACAACAGGAACUCAUGUGGCCUGCACCACCUGUACAUCUCUGUUACAAUACUCCAUAUCUGCUGAGCUUCAGUGAGAACCAGGUGGAUGUGUUUGAUGUCAACAAAGUGGAGUGGGUUCAGACUAUGCCACUCAAAAAGACCCGACCACUGAACCAGGAUGGCAGCAUGGCCCUGUACCUGGGUGGAGACCCCCCACGGCUUAUCUAUCUCAGGGAUGGCAGACAAGAGCGUGAUGCUGUUGUGAUCCAGGAUGUAGCGGAGCAGGGGAAGGGUAAGCAGAUGAUCCGCUCUCGCCGCUCCAACCGACGGUUCUCCUUCAGGAACAAAGAGGACGACAGGAGCACUGCACGCAGCAAUUUCCGAUUCCCGCGCCUGGGUCGCAGGCGCCGCACGUGGAAGCUCCCCCAGAGUUCGGACGAAAGCGAGCGAGCGUAUUUCAGUGAGCCCGAUCAGAGCGAGCUAGCGCACGACAAUGAGGGCGGGAUCAGGGUGGGGCAGUGGACCCCCUGCGUCCUGCCCUCCGUCACUGAGUCCACGCUGUCCCUGGAUGGAGAAGGGAUCCCGUCCGACCCAGAGCGCCGCUCCAAGCUGAUCUCCGCGCCCAUGAACUUCAACCACGUGUCUCACAUGGGGCCCGGGGACGGCAUACAGAUCCUCAAGGACCUGCCUGUGUCCUCCAAACACGAGCUCAUCUCCGCCCCCACCAACUUCAACCACGUCUUCCACGUGGGGCCAGGGGAAGGCCUGGACGACCUGACCGAUUUCCCUGUGAGAGGGAAGAGAAGCUUUAAAAAGUCUACUGGUCCAGGCAAGGGCUCCCCGCUACUGUCCCAUCACACCGUACAGCCCCGUCUGCCAUCUGAAGGAGAAAGCCGAUCGGGGAUGGAUCGAGUGAAGAGCCUGUUUCACCCCGCGCCGGCCGUUCCCCUGCCGCACGCGCCGGCCGUGCCGCAGCGCUCCCACACCAUGCCGUACCGCGCCGGCUCCGCCACCGGCUUCACGCACGAACACAACGGGAACGUCCUGAGCAGGAAGGACUCGCCAGGCGGCUACAGCGGCCACAGUCAGCGUGCCAUGCAGUCUCCCGACGGCUCGGUGUCUUCCAUGGAGUCGGAGAGACAGAGGACCAGCAUACAGUACCUACAGGAGUAUGAGCGGGAGGACUCAGACUCUCCUAGACACUCCAUAGGCACAGGAUCCAACAACAGCUCCAACCUGAGCAGCCCCCCCAGCCCCCAGUCCCCCCGCAGGAUAAGCUACACAGACCCCGGUGGAGACCAGCCACCCCCCUGGGGCCGCCCCGGGGGUGACCAGCCCCCACCCUGGGGGAGUGCGUCGGAUGCGUAAAUGUGACUGCAGUGCUGUGCUAUGAACCAAGUGCCAUCCAGUGUGCAUGUGACUGUAGCCAAGGUGGUCCCACCAAAGCCUCUCUCAGGGCAGUACAGCUUGUCCAGCCUGCCCCCCUCCCCCUUCAUAACCUAAGCAAAUACUACGCAUGUGUGUACAUGUAGAUAUCAGGACAGGUGCAACAACAACCAACACCAGAACGUAGGUUAUGAUCUGUAGUUGUUUUGUUCCAUUUUGCCUUCUUCACCGUCUAUGGUGCUGUGACCCAAUGUUGUCUCCACAUUCUGGAUGGAGAGAUCGAGGGCUUUUCCAAAAAUUCGGCCAUAGAAUUCACGAAAAUCUAAGAAAAUACAACCAUCCGAGACUUUGGCCAGCACCGUAUCUGGUUGCUUCAUAGCAUUUUAAUCCACAAAUGCUUAUUAAUGUUUUUAUUAUAGGCGAAAUAUCAUAAAUAGUCUAUGGUGUUAGAUUAUACUCCUGGGGUCACUGAAUUAAGAAUUUUAAAAAAGAAAAAAGAUAAGAUGUAGUUAGGAUAGUGCAGGCUUCGAUGCCAUGUGGACUUCCAUGAGUAUGUAGGUCCUAGUGUAACUGAUUGGUACUGCAGCUGUUUAGAGGGAGGUGUCUGUAAAUAACAUGUAUGGCACAUGCUCUGUACAGGCCACAUAUAGCCAUGUCAUCAUGCAGUGAGAUUCACAUCAUUGUCCAAACUCUGGUAGGUCCAGACUGGACUUUUAGCGAGACCAUUGUGAGAUCUCAGGAUGUUUGAAAACGAAGAAAGCGUAGCGUCGCGGAGGUAAUUUUCAUUCAAUCGAAGGUGGAGGUAGCCAGAAUGAUAUGAUCAGGGAGAUAGAAUACUUGAUGGGAAUAAAAAAAAUUUAUGUUGUGAGACUACGUAACAGUCCAGAAUAACAGGUGAAAUAUAGCAACCUGGACGUAUAACUACUUUACCACGUGUAUUCACUAAGGCUUUUAGCAAUUUUAUUGAGACAAGAGAAAGAUAUUUUGUCAGCAAUGGUAAUUGAGUAUGGCAGCAUUGCAUGCGACAUCUAUGAAUGACGAUUUUCUAUCGGUUUUAUGCAAAACGUCCUAGGACACUGUACUGUGAUUCUUGUGUCUUGAAGCAACCCAAGUAAGAAAGUCUAGAUCGAAACAUCUGACCAGUAGUGACGUCAGGUAGACAUAUAAUGUAUAAUUAUGUAAUGUUGCUGGUGACCAUAUGAACAAUGUAUACUAUUAUUUGCAAUAAUCAGUUUCGAAUAGCAGGUACCGAAAAAAAAACCUACAUGUAAUAUUUUGUCUUCCACCCUUUUUCAUGUGUAAAUGUGUGCUUUGAUUGACAUUUGUGUACUUUUUUGUGAAUAAUGCGGCAUCGUUGUUAAAUAUUGCUGUAGAUGAGGAAAAAAUGACUGCAGGACAAAUUUUCUACUUUCCCCCACCCAUCACAAGCUUCAACAUGUUUCCGCCAACUUGCUUCACCCCCAUAUAUAUAGUCAUUCGUUCAUAAUCAGGAAAACUGUAAUAGCAACCAGGAAUAGAACAAAAACAGGAUGAAAGUAGCAUAAAAACAACCCAGAGGACAAGAAGCAGUUGCAUGUGUACAAGGUCACGCAGUCUUUUGUAUAAUAUUCUUGUAUAUGUACAAAUAUGAAAUACAUCAUGGCAAUGUGUUACAACCACUGGUGAGUCCAUCUAUUCUUUGUUUUUUACUUCCUUAUGUGUAUGAAACAUUGUAGGCUAAAACUGUUAUAUCCAUCUGAACCACAUAAUGAUCUACAAUAAAGGAAAAAAAUUCCAGUACUUGUA